GGGCAGUUAGGGACAUUUCUCGCUAUUUCAUAAAUAAAUAAAAUUACAUUAAUUUCGUACACAAUGCCAGUAUCUUUAUUAACCUCUCUCUUGUCAUCUCUUCCUUUACAUUCAAUCCCAAUCCAACGACGCAGCUUGUGAACGGUAGAGAUGGUGAUACUUUACUCCCUUUCAAAAACAAGGUAGCUAUAGUAUUAGAUACCAGCUGCUCCUGAUUGCUAUACUGUCCCAGUAGAUUGAGCAAGUUGCUGUGUAUUGAUGGUUCGUAGUAGAUAUUCUCUAUUAGUUCGUUACUCUCUUCCUUAUCUGAAAUAUCAACCUGUAUCAACGAGCUAACUCUGCCGAUUUCCGUGAUUAUAACCAUUAGUCUAUCUUGAUAUAUUUCCAAGCUAGCUUCCAAUCCAUCUUCUUGGAUUGUUUUAGUUGAAGGAAAUGCUUCUGACAUUGUGCUAUGUUCCACGUAUUAUCUGGUUGGUUGGUUGGUUGGUUGAAGGUUCUGACGCAAGUUCAUCAAUGUAAGGCUAUCGUCACCCAAUUAGUGUUCUCCACAUAAGGUUUCACUUUCUGAUAAAAUCCGUUGACGACUUUAGUAAACUCCGCAUCCGCGUAUUAAAAUUGAGUCAAAAAAUUUUCACAUUACCUUCUAAAUACGGAAGGUAUAAAAACAAAUUAAACUAGAUUCGAUGUUUUCUUGAUAAAUAAUCAUCAAGUAAAUUCUAAUCUUUUAAUUUUAAAUAUACAGAGCAGGUCUCAAGAAAACAAUGCUUCUACGCUCUUUAUUACUCUCAACUUUAGCUGGCCUAUCAUUUGCGGUACCUACACCACGGCAACAAGAGCUAGUGGAUAAACACCUUCAAGAUAAAUUAACUCGUCAAACUCACAUUGAAGGUCGCGAUGAAUGCACAAUCUAUGAACCCUACUGGGUCGGUGUUGAAUGGCCCGAAUUUGAUGAAUUUGAUCCCUCACUGGCUGAGAUAUUCAGAUAUCGUCAACAACAAUCAGUAAAUUUGGGUAGUUGGUUCGUCGCUGAGAAAUGGAUGGUACCCUCCAUCUUCAAAUGUGCAGCUGGGCUGCAAGCUUCAGAAUUGGAUAUUGCAAGAGGAUGGAAUGGUAUGCAAAACGCUCGCCAAGUGCUCGAAAGACAUUGGGAUACUUUUAUUACAGAGGAUGAUUUCAGAUGGUUAUCCGAAAUUGGUAUAAAUACUGUAAGAAUCCCAAUUGGUUAUUGGGGUGUUGGAAAUCAAUUCCUCUGGGGAACCGAUUUUGAUGGUCUGGGUGAGGUCUACGGUGGUCAAUGGUCAAGAAUUAGAAGAGCUAUCCACUGGGCAUCUCUUUAUAACAUUGGUGUACUUCUCGACCUUCACGGUGCACCAGGAUCAGCAAACGGUCAACACAUUUCAGGUACAUCAGACACAAGAGUUGGUUUGUUCGCCGAUGAGUUCAAUCUUCAACGUACAGAAGAUGUUCUCGUUUACCUCACCGAACAGCUCGCCUAUGUUAAUAACAUGGUCGGUAUACAACUCAUCAAUGAACCCCAAUACGGCACUGAAUGGCUUGAAGCAAUUUACGAUAGAUGGUUGGGAGCCAUGAGAGCUGUACCAGGCGCAGAAGACUUCCCAUUAUACAUACACGACGCCUUUGAUUUGGGCAGAUACGCAGGUUAUGUCGCAGGCAGAUCCGAUUUCGUUGUUGAAGAUCAUCACUCAUACUUUGUUUACACAGAUGAGGAUGCUCACACUCCUGCUUGGUUACAUGGUCAGCAUGUCAACGGACCAGUAAGGAUGGGUUUGGAGAAGGAAUCAGCCGUCGCACGUCGCAACUUGGUCAUAGGUGAAUGGUCUUGCGCUCUCACCGCUGAGUCACUCGCAGGUGAAGAUGAUCCAGCCAACUCCCGCUGGUGGUUCUGCAGUUCUCAAGAAGCGGUCUAUAGAAAUGUCAGCGCUGGUUACUACUUCUGGUCAUACAAGACUGAAGAUUGUGACCAGAACCCUAACUGGUGUUUCCUCCGUUCAGUUGGAGAUGCCUUACCUGCAACAUUUUCAGCAUUUGGUCCAGACAACCCACCACAUAUCAAUGCGCAAGAAACGGAUGAAAUCAAACAGUUAGAGUUACCAGAUAUCGACACAAUCCUUGGAGAUUUGGCAGGUACCUUCUCCUCAUGGUUUGGUUUGGGUGCGGCACCAGUCUACCGUCGUGAUAGACCACACGAGCACGGUAAUGGAUAUGGACACGAUGAUGAUGAUCACUUUGAUGCAUGGUACAAACACAACGGUGGUAUCUGGCAAACUGAAGAAACUCAAUUUGAAGAUUUCAAUCAAACCAAGUCAGCAGAAGAGGCAGAUAGCGACAGUGCGCGUUUGGCCAUCAACAAUGGCGCAUCUCAAGCAAAGCCAAUGCUGAACAAUAUGAUCGAUCCUGCUACAUUUAUUGAGACAUUGCAAUCUACAUCAUCUUACGGAGCUGCUGCAAAUAAUGAUCCUGCUAUUAUGUCAGAAGCUUCAGCUAGAGUUAGAGGCUAUAGUGAUGGUUUCGGUCUUGCCAGAAAAUUUGCAGCUUUUAACCUCUCUAAAGUUGGAUUCACCGGUCAAUGGAUUAGUUCAAAUGUUAGACGUUUAAUUGAAAACAAUGAACUCUUGAAUGAGAACAUACAAACCUACUCUGAUCAUUUUGGACGCGGUUUACAAGACGCAGAAGCAGAAGUACUUAGUAUGUUUUUUUAGUUUCGAAUAAUAAAACGGAUUAGAUU